CGGCGAUGAUGAAGAUUGGUUUUGUCUGAAUCGAUGGUCGUCCAAUUAAUGAAAGUACGUUAUAGAAUCAGUGCAAGGUUAGCAGCUUAUUGGUUUCGGAAAUAAUGUUCUCAAGAACAAGUGAUAACGCCUGCCGUGGAUGCCAGGAUUUGAUGCUGAUCUGUUGAUAGCCUGCAUCAGCCAUGUCUGUCAUCUCCCUACUGCACAGUAUCAUGAGAGUUGAAAGACUGCAAGUUGCCAUACAUUUUGUCCAGCAGAGGGCUUUGUCAGGGGCAGAUGCUGUCAACGCACUGAGACCAUUUUACUUUGCAGUUCAUCCAGACUUCUUCGGUCAGUACCCCAGGGAACGGGAGGUGAAUGAAAAUUCUCUCAAGAGGCUAAAUGGCUAUUUGGAAAACCUUCAGAAGCCAGGCAUACGUUCAGUUCAACCAACAAAGCUCACAUUUUAUGUCAGGGAAACAAGAGACAGCACUGAUAUUCAGCAAGAUCUCCCCUCUGGCUUCCGUUCUGUGAGUUUCACUCUGCACACCCAGGAUAUUUUGAGCACGGUGAUGAAUGUUUUGAAGUCCUGCAGCCUUCCUAUAGAGCACAUGAACGACCUGAAAGCAAAUACUGAAACGCCGAAGCAGUCCCUCGAAGCAGGGGUACCGUUCUAUCGGCCUAUCAAAUGGGACAAAACCUUCUACACAUUCACUGGCUUCAGAGACCCUGAACAGGAGCUUCAACAGGCCAGGAGAGUAGAGCCAACACUCAGCCUGUGGCUGAGAAACAACGAGUCUGAGGCGACAAAGAAGCACAACGCUAGCCUCCCUCGGCGGGAUGAGCUGAAGAGACUGAAGAAGGAACUGUGUCAGAAAUUUGCCCUGGCUGAUAUCAGGUGGCAGCGGAGUUGGGGGAUCACCCACAGGUGCUGUCAACUGCAGAGUCUCAGCCGGCUUUCUCAGCAGAGCCCUGAUGCCCUGCUCAACCUGCGAGGACACACGGUUGUAUUCACUGACCAAUCAGGGAUGAAUGCCUCAGGACAUGUCAUGUUGGGAACAAUGGAUGUUCAUCACCAGUGGACAAAACUUUUUGAGAUGCUGCCUAGUUAUCGCAGCCUGCAGCAGCAGACAGAAUGGUUGAAGGAGAGGAUCAGUCUACUCCUGGGUGGUGCACAGGUUAUCCAUGUUGAGAGGCUCGGACCCAUCCAGCCAAUUGCAGAGCACUACAGCACCCUUAACACCUUCCACAAAAAUCUGGUGUCUCGAUGUCUCCGCCUGCACCCCAGGAGCCUUGAAGGACUGACCAUGACCUUGGAAAACGAUCGCUCCACCCCCAGUCUUCAUGAGAUGGGUCACUUUAUUAUUCCUACAAACUGUGAUCCUCCCAAGCUACAGGGUUUCCUUCAGAGCCAUGCAUCUGAGGCCAGGCAGCGAAUUAAACACAAAAACCAAUUGCAGGCAGAGGAAGAGGCAGCAUUUCAAAACUGUCUCCAGAGUCUGUCCCUGAGGGGCCUGUCAAAGGAGCCCAGCAUAAACUCCAGCCAGAUGAUCAGUUGCUGUCAACGGCUGGUGGAGCAGCGCCUGCCCCUCAUGCAGGGUCUCCACAUUUGUGUGUCCCACUUUUACUCGGUCAUGCAUGACGGGGACCUUUGCAUCCCCUGGGACUGGAAGAGCUGAGCUGGAGGGGGAAGCUGUCAAGAGGGGACAUCUCGAUCUAUUUUCUGCACGGGAGGCAUCGGACAAGAGGAUCCCCGGUGGAACACUCCCUGCGGUUGUUAAAUUCUUGGAGAAGUUUGGGGUAUAUCAAAUGUUGUCCAGGUUAGAAAAGCUUGAAUAUUUAAAACUAUUGGGAUGGAUUUAUUGGUCAGGUGCUGCGGAAGUGACACGAGUUACAUUUCCUAAGAGGGGGAUGGGACCUAAGUGAGACCACAGGAGAAAACGUUUAAAGUAAGGUCAUUUGAGAUUAAUUUUGGUUAAAUACCAAUGGGUCAAUCCAAAGAGAAGCACUUUACCCUUGUACCGGGCAUGUAAAAUGAACACUAAAUGGACACCACAAGUGCAAUAUGGUUGGAGUGUUGGCUGCCUAGUGUUCAGGAGAGUUUUAUUUUGAGAAAUUUUUAGAAUUUCUAUUUAUUGUUGGUUAAGAUAAUAUGUACUUUAAUAACCCAUGUCGGGAAAUUCAUCCUUUGCAUUUAACCCAUCCCAACACACACUAACUAGGAGCAGUGGAUAGCCGCCGUGCAGCGCCCGGGGACCAAAUCCAGUUCUUGUUACCAUGCCUCAGUCAGGGGCACAGACAGGAGUAUAAACUUAUGCAUGUCUUUGGAUGGUGGGAGGAAACCGGAACAUGUGGGGGAAACACAUGCAGACAUGUAACGAAAACUUUUAUUUUUAUGUCUUGUAUAAAACUCCAGUUCAGUAAAUCAUUUCCAGAUAAUAUAAAACAAUGAGUUUCUUUUUUUUUCUGGAUUUUAUGCCCCCUUUUUCCCCCCAAUUGUAUCUGGCCAAUUACCCCACUCUUCCGAGCAGUCCCAAUCUCUGCUCGACACCCUCUGUCGAUCCGGGAA